GAAUCUUCUUAUUUGAUUGAGGGCAUAUAGUAAAUGUCUGUUGGUGCUGAUAUUGCAGAAAGGUGGGGAAAUGCAUGGAGGCAACCAGAGUGGGGUCUCAGACUUCAUACUCCUGGGGCUCUCUGAGAAUCCUGAAAAUGAGCAGGUCCUGUUCUGGAUGUUCCUGCUCAUGUACCUGGUCACCGUGGUGGGAAAUGUGCUCAUCAUCCUGGCCAUAGGCACUGACUCACGCCUGCACACUCCCAUGUACUUCUUCCUGGCCAAUCUCUCCUUCACUGACCUCUUCUUUGUUACCAACACAGUCCCCAAAAUGCUGGUGAACCUUCAGUCCCAGAACAAAGUUAUCUCCUAUGCAGGAUGUCUGGCACAGCUCUACUUCCUGGUCUCCUUGGUGGCCCUGGACAACCUCAUUCUGGCAACAAUGGCAUAUGACCGCUAUGUGGCCAUCUGCCGCCCCCUUUACUACACCACAGUCAUGAGCUCUGGGAUCUGUAUUUUGUUCCUCACCUUAUGUUGGGUGUUCUCUGUCAUCUAUGGCCUCAUCCACACCCUCCUCAUGACCAGGGUGACCUUCUGUGGGUCCCGGAAGAUCCACUACAUUUUCUGUGAGAUGUAUGUCCUGCUGAGGAUUGCAUGUUCCAACACCAAAGUCAAUCACAUGGUACUGAUUGCCACAGGAUCCCUCAUAUUCCUCAUACCCUUUGGGUUCAUGAUCAUGUCCUAUGUCCGGAUUGUCAGUGCCAUCCUCCGAAUACCAUCAGCCUCUAGCAAGUACAAAGCCUUCUCCACCUGUGCUUCCCAUCUGGCUGUGGUCACCCUCUUCUAUGGGACACUUGGUAUGGUAUAUCUGAAGCCCCUCAACACCUACUCCAUGAAGGACUCAGUGGCCACAGUGAUGUAUGCUGUGGUCACUCCCAUGAUGAACCCCUUCAUCUAUAGCCUGAGAAACAAGGACAUGCAUGGGGCUCUAGGAAGACUCUUCCUAGGAAAAGCCUUCCAGAGGUUCACACAAGGGUAAUUUUGAACAAGGCAUUAAAGAGAAGACUAAGAAUUUCCUCCACUGUGUGCAAAGCAUUAUCCUAUGGGGGAUACAGAAGUGAUUAGGACAAAGCUCCACCUUAUAAUGAGUUCAAUAUCUGUGAUGAAGAAAAUACUUAUAUAUGUAACCCAAUGGCCCUCAGACAUCAUCAACCCUGGCAAUAAAUAAGGUCACAUAACACUAAUGCUAGAAGUUUGCAGGAUUAAAGCCUUCAACUGGCCUCACACAGGACCACAGUCCCAGUCUUACUGACAUGUAUCUGGUUAUGUCCUACUGGGUCUCUCAUGUUAGUUAGCCACACACACCUCCCAUAUUUUUCUGAGCUCUGCACUAUUCUAAGGGAACAGUUGCCAGCAAGCCAUUUAUAAAAGAUAUCUUGCACUACUCCCACGGUAGAAUUGCUGAGUGAAGUUUCCCCUUUCCCAAUGCUCUGUUGGGCCCCACUCCCACUGCUUCAAUUCUGACCCACAGUCCCUCUGGACACAGGCCCUGAUGUUCAGGCAGAAAAGCAAAGAUUUCUUUUCUGUGCUCUGGGAAGAUUUUUGUCCCUUGGUCUUCAAAAUAAUAUUAUCUCUCUUGCCCUUUUCCUGCAUUCCUUUUCUCUGAUUGAAGUCAGACUUUAUCUUGGGGUGCUCAUCCUUUCCUUUACUUCUGUGACUCCUCAUCUCCAUCUCUUCUUCAUUCUUCUAAAAAGAACAUUCAAGCAUAUCAACACAUUCUCAUGAACAGGUAUGGUAGUGGGGGCAAUAAUAGGAUGGGAGAAAGUAAUUGUGAACCCAAUCUCUACUUAGGUUCUAUGAUUCUGACACCAGUUCUGAUGUGUGUGUGUCUUUUUCCACACUACCAAGAAAUUCUCUGUCAUCAACUGGAUGGCCUACAAUUCAACCCAAUUCUGAUAUUAUCUACCUGGAGGUAAUAUCAGAUCCCAUAGGUUAAGGGCUCAGUCCCACAAGACUUCACUUCAGACACAGAUCACGAGUCCAGGUUGUCAUCUAUGCUUCUGAAAGACUAGCUAUGGAUCACAGGUUCAAACAAUCCCCUCCAUGGGUUCAGUUAAUUUGCUAGAGUGGCUUAUAGAACUUAGAGAAACAUUUUACUUCAUAGAUUAUCAGUUUGCUAUAAAAAGAUAUAACUCAGGAACAACCAGAUGGAAAAGAUGCAUAGAGCAAGGUGUAUGGGAAAGUGCAUGGAACUUCCAUGCCUUCCCUGGGCAUGCCACUCUCUCCAAGUCUCCAUGUGCCACCAACCCAGGAGCUCUCUGAUCUCCAGGCUUUUGAGUUUUUAUACAGACUUCAUUACAUAGGGAUAGUUAUUAAUCAUUGGUCACCAGUGAUUAAUUCAGCAUCCAGUGCCUCACCCCUCUCCAAAGUUUCAUUGGUUGGCUGAUUCCCCUGGAAAUAAGCCCCAACAUUAUGUGCUUUCCAAAGAUCACCUCAUUAACAUAAAUUCAGGUCUGGUUAAAAGGGGUUUGUAAUGAAUAUCAAGACACCAUUACACUCUUAUCACUUA